AUGACACUUGCCUACUUUUUGCCGGUAUACGUGUUCAACAAAAGUUAUUCAGAAAUUUUUUAUACACAAGCGUUUACAAAUGUAUGUGCAAAGUAUGGUAAAUCAUUUACAUGGGAAUUGAAAAAGAGCUUACUUGGAUUCCAAGGCCGUGAAUGUGCGGAAAAAAUUGUAGAAACUUUGGACCUUCCACUUACAAAAGCGGAUUUUAUACGUGAAUGUCAAAAACAUUAUGAGGUUUUAUUCCCUGGUGUUGCACUUAUGCCAGGUGCUCAACAACUGGUUGAACACUUAAGGAAGGCUGGAGUUCCUAUAGCACUUGCUACCAGCUCCAGUGAUGAAAGUGUAAAAAUGAAAAUGCAGAGCCAUAAAGGAUUUCUGGACAAUUUCCACCACCUGACUAUGGGCUCUUCUGACCCAGAUGUUAAACAAGGAAAGCCAGAUCCAUCUAUAUUCCUUAUCUGUGCAUCUAGAUUCCCAGAUAAACCAAAACCUGAAGAAUGCUUGGUAUUUGAGGAUGCUGUUAAUGGUGUAAAAGCAGCUUGUGCAGCAAACAUGCAAGUUGUUGUUGUUCCUGAUCCUCGAAUAGAAAAGGAGUUAUUGAAAGAUGCCACACUGGUACUUAAUUCUUUAGAAGAAUUUCAACCUGAGCUUUUUGGUUUACCACCCUUUCCACACUAA